AUGGCCACUACAUUUAAUGGCCUUGGGGCCCUUACGUUACCGCAAGUCAUUAACGCCCUUCAGAGGUUACAGGACAACCCGGAGCUUCUUGCCCGCGAGCGAUCCGCAUUCAGUGAUCCUCCACCGCCAUACGCGUCGGGAGAGACGACACAACCACCCAGUCCGCCUCGCCCCCUCACAGAAGCUGAUCGACGAAGGGAGCGGCAGCGGCGCAAGGAGGAAAGGCUUAACUCGAUGCCAGAACGUCAGUUCGCUUACCAGCGAAGGAUAGAGGAGGAACGUCUGAUAGACCAGAGUAUGAGGCGGAAAACAAGACGAAAAUAUACACUGCCAUUUAAUAAGGAUCUUACUUUCGCCACGAAUGCAGUCGACAAUGUCACCAACCGGUGGAAAGAGCAAGGGAUAUGGAAUGAUAGAUGGAAAGCCCAGCCUUUGGGGCCACGCCGCUGGAGACAUGAAGAGCCCCCUGAGCCAGAUCUUGAACCAGAACUUGAGAAACAUCCACAUCAUUCGGGACCUAAUACGCUAGACCCACCGAAACCAUGGCGGAAGAUUGUUAAUGCGGAGUCCAUGGCUACCCAAGUCUCGCGUCCAUACUAUCAGUUUCUUUUCCAGAAAUCUAAAGAGCGCGAAUGGUUAGAAGACGAACUAGAUAUUGAACCCAGUGACAUCGACACCAAAGCCUAUGAGAAUGUUAAGAAUCGCUGGCUCGCGCAAAAGAUCUGGAAUCUGAAGUGGGGCCAUAUGCCCGGACUGACCUGGAUUCACGAAGAUCCCGACGACGAUGACGACGAAGAUGACUCUGAGAAUUUAGGAAACCCUCCAGCAGGUGAAUCAGUAUCUCACAAUCCUGUAGAAGGUGACAGCCAGCCAGUUCGCCGUGUCCGCUAUAAGUACCGCUCAGAUACUUUUGGUUCGAUCGAAGUCACUUCCCCCUCCCCGGAACCAGCAGGGGAGGCUGGGCCUUCCCUAACUUCUCGGACAACGGAAGGCUCAAACGGAGAUGCGCUUAUAGAUGCAAAUGCAUUUAACCUACUCAGCCCCGUACCCCAGAGCCCCAAAAAUACAGAGGAACCACAAGAACCUCCUCGCCUCGCUUUUUAUUCAAAGGGUAAAUCAAAAAAAAGAAAGGGUGCCACUCAGACUCCCCCAGAUCCCCCAGAUUCUACAUCAUUCCAAUUAAGGAAGCGGCUCCGCUCCACGUUUGGGCUGACUAGUACACCUCAGAGUCCGGUGCUUAAUACAACAGGAAACUUACCAGCAGAAGAUGAGGUUGCGGAACCAUCUCCAUCUACUCUGCCAUCACGCAAUGCAAACCCAGAUUCAGGAUCAAGAGAGCAUCAACAACAGCCGCUUCGGAAUUCCAGCAUCACAAAUAAAAGCUCAGUGUCUUGGGACACUUCAGUUGACACCAACAAUAUUUCACAGUCAAGCUCAAAGCAGAACAGGCGAGCGAACUCAGAAACACCUACCACUUUGCAUAAACCUCAGUAG